AUGAUUGGAUCUUUUCUCACCAGAGGACUUGUGAUGGUCUUUGGCUAUGCUUAUCCUGCUUAUGAAUGCUAUAAAACUGUGGAAAUGAACAAACCUGAUAUCGAGCAACUACGUUUUUGGUGCCAAUACUGGAUAUUGGUUGCCAUGUUGACAGUUUGUGAGAGGGUUGGCGAUACUUUUAUUUCAUGGGUUCCAAUGUACAGUGAAGCAAAGUUGGCAUUCUUUAUAUACUUGUGGUUCCCCAAGACUAAGGGAACCACCUAUGUUUAUGAGUCCUUCUUUAAGCCACUAGUCUCUGAACAUGAACCAGAAAUAGACCGCAGCUUGUUGGAACUGAGGAUAAGAGCUGGUGAUAUGGCUGUUUUGUACUGGCAAAAAGCUCUCAGCUAUGGUCAGACUAGAAUUUUUGAUAUUUUGCAGUACAUUGCUUCACAAUCAACUCCUCCUCCCCGGCCUGUUCAGCAACCAACUCAGCAAGAAGCUGGUAGGGUUCAGCCGACCACUUCAUCAGAAGGUCGCAAACGAGCUGCUACAACAGCACUUCCUCCGGUUGAAGAGCCUCAUUCCCCAUCUUCUAGUAUGUCUUCAAGUGAAAAAUCAGAUGAUGCUGUAGAAGAGGUGGGGCCCCCGCAAGAGCCAACAGAUACCUCAAAAGCACUGAAAACAACAGCAACACAAUCUGUUUCUGAAACUAUUAAAGCUUCUACCUCAAAUGAUAAAGAAGUACUGGUAGUCGAUUCGGUUCCUUCUUCCACAUCAGAAAAUGCAAAACCUUCCCAACCACCAGAGAUAAUGAUGGAAGAUACGGUUGUGGUAACACGUGCCAGGUUGAGGAAAACACGAUCUACUACAGUUCGCUGA